AUGGCAGAGGAGAAUAUAUAUGAAAAAGUAGAUGAGGAGAACGUAUACGAAAAGCCUUUUGAUGAGAUGAAGGCUGAUAAGGAGGAACCAAAAUAUGAGAACCAGAGCAUGUUUUCCAACAACGCGUCAGUGUCAGUGACAGACGCAAUUUACAGUGAGAUCGAUGUUAAAGGCAAGGCAGGAAGAAGUUUGUCUCCAGAGUAUAUGAACACGAAUGACGCCACAGAGGAGGAGGCAAAGGAAAGCCCAAGUGAAGUCCAGAAUGGUGUCGGUUUGUAUGAGGUUCCAUCAGGAGAGCAUGAAGAAGAAGAAGAAGAAGAAGAGGUGUCAUCCAGACACUCAUCCACGUCUUCCUCUGAGCAUGAUGGAGAGCUGUGUGAUGAAGAUCAGCUGCACGAACCCACGUAUGAAGACAACGCUGAGGAUGGGAUGAUGAUGGCAUAUUCACUGCCCAUGGGCAAAGACGGAGAAAUGGAGGAGGAAGUCAUGGACUACAGUCUCAAACCAGUGCAAAACAAUAAUGUUGAAGAAGAAGACGAAGAAGAAGAAGAAGACCAACAAGAGAAACUUAGAGAUCCCAGUCAGCCUGAAAUCUCACUCUUUGUCAAGGCUGGGAGUGAUGGGGAGAGCAUCGGGAAUUGCCCCUUCUCUCAACGCCUCUUCAUGAUCCUCUGGCUCAAAGGGGUUGUCUUCAACGUCACCACUGUGGACCUGAAGAGGAAACCAGCUGAUCUGCACAAUCUGGCUCCGGGCACACACCCUCCUUUUCUCACAUACAACGGUGAGGUCAAGACAGACAUCAACAAAAUUGAGGAGUUUUUAGAAGAAGUGUUAGCACCACCAAAAUACCCAAAGCUGGCAGCCAAGCACAGGGAGUCCAACACAGCAGGGAUUGACAUAUUUGCAAAGUUCUCAGCUUACAUCAAAAACCCAAGGCCAGAAGCCAAUGGAGGGCUGGAGAAAAACUUGACAAAGGCCAUAAAGAAGCUGGACGACUACCUGAACAGCCCUCUGCCUGAUGAGAUAGACGCAGACAGCAUGGAGGAAGAGAAAAGCUCGAAUCGCAAAUUCCUGGAUGGCAACGAAUUCACUCUGGCAGACUGCAACCUCCUGCCAAAACUCCACAUAGUCAAGAUUGUUGCCAAGAAGUAUCGCAACUACGACAUUCCUACUGAUUUGACAGGAGUGUGGCGCUACCUGAACAGCGCCUACGUUCGAGACGAGUUCAUCAACACCUGUCCUGCAGAAAAAGAGAUUGAAAUGGCCUACCUGGAUGUAGCCAAAAAGCUGGUCAAAUAA